CUAAAGACUCGGAAUGAAACCAAAAAAGAAGAAAACAAUUCUCUCUCUCUAGACCACCCACGUCAUCAGUUUCAAAACCAAACAUUACAGCCUGGCAACACUCUUAAACCCCAUACUACCCAAUCACAUACUUCCACGUAUCGUCUUUCGAUAAUGACACCUCUGCUUCUGUACAGCUGUGUCUUUCUUUCCCCUAACCUUCUCCCCCUACCUCCACCGCUAUAUAAAUAGCCCUCUUUCACUCUUCUUCUUCCAUAAGUUUCAUCUCAGCUACAAAAUAUAAAUUUGAAUAGUAAUUUUUUUUCUUUAAAAAAACAAAAACUCAAAUUCAAAACCUUUUUCCGUACUGAGAAAAUGGGUUCCGUAUUUUACGUUGUUCUUCUAUUUCUUUCUUCUUUUGUUUUGGUUGAUCGUCCGACUGUUGAGGCCGCUGCCACAACUGGCCGGAAACUUUCGGCUCUUGUCCAAGAACAACCGCUGGUACUUAAGUACCACAACGGUGCUCUUCUCAAAGGUAAUAUCACCGUUAAUCUCAUAUGGUACGGUGAUUUUACUCCUGUUCAACGCUCGAUUAUCGUUGAUUUCAUCCAUUCGUUGAACUCUCGUCGUGCUACGCCGCCUUCGGUGGCGUCGUGGUGGAAAACGACGGAGAUGUACAAGGGAGGUUCGUCUAAUCUCGUCGUUGGGAAGCAAGUCUUCCGUCAGGGAUAUUCUCUUGGAAAAGUUCUAAAGACUUCUCAUUUGAUGGCCCUCGCCGGUGGAAACGGCAACGGACUAAGAACUAUUAACGUUGUUUUAACGGCGAAAGACGUCGCCGUUGAUGGAUUCUGUAUGAACCGUUGCGGUACUCACGGUGUUAAACGGUCCUUGAAGGGAAAAGCUCGUGAGGCUUAUAUUUGGGUUGGAAAUUCUGAGACCCAAUGUCCUGGUCAAUGUGCUUGGCCUUUUCACCAGCCCAUGUACGGCCCACAAACACCGCCGUUAGUGGCACCUAACGGUGAUGUUGGUAUUGACGGAAUGGUCAUUAACCUAGCUACUCUCUUGGCGGGAACCGUGACAAACCCGUUUAAUAACGGUUACUUCCAGGGACCUGCAACGGCGCCGUUAGAGGCUGUAUCUGCUUGUACUGGGACAUUUGGGUCCGGAUCUUAUCCGGGUUAUCCGGGCAAGGUCCUGGUCGACAAGGCGAGUGGAGCGAGUUACAAUGCUCACGGUGAUAACGGCCGUAAGUUUCUAUUACCGGCUAUGUGGGACCCAAAAUCUUCAACGUGUAAAACUCUCGUUUGAUCAAGAAAUCUAAAAAAAACAAAAUAUUAGAUCAGAUUGCGGAAUACGGCGUCGUUUUGAGAACACGUGGCGUUAGCUUCUCUCUCAGUGGUGGGGGUAUGAUCCGGUGCAGGCUAUUGUAGAUACGUCGUUUUGUGUACACAUUUCGAAGUUUGUCGUUUUACGUGACGUGUAAAUUUGUGUGCUAAAGAAAGGAGGGGUUCAUGAUGUUAUUAUAUAUAUUUAAAAGUGAGUUUGAGUGGAGAAAAUUAUUAUGUAUAUCCGAAACUAAAAAAUAAAAAUUUUAGUAAUAAAUGAAAACGUUUUAAAGAA